AUGGACGGAGCCCCAGGUACCCCAGAAUACCGAGACCGUACAGAGGAGCGUCGCCAGGCAUUCGGAGAUAAUGAUGCCAAUACCCGCCAGAGGGCCCCCGAGCAAGAAGAGGAGGACGAGACUCCCGUGCAGACUACCUCGAUCGGUGCCUCCCUUCUCAACAGGAUGGGCUGGACUGAAGGAUCUGGCCUUGGUGCUCAAGGGACCGGCGUGACCGAGCCGGUUCCCACUGAAGUCUAUGCCCAGGGUGUGGGAGUAGUGAGACGAGCCUGA